AUGUCGAUUCUCCCGCCGGAUUUGAUCACCGAAAUACUUCUGCGAUUACCCGUGAAGAGCCUGAUACGUUUCCAAUGCGUUUCGAAGCCAUGGCAGGCACAAAUCAAUGGCCGAGCUUUCAUCCGCAUUCAUCUCGACUUCUCCAUUGUGGGCAACAUAGAACGCCAUCUCAUAUUCAUGGAGCGCGGGCGACAACUGCCGCGGAAUUUCUCAGGAGUGCGCUUCAACGACGACGACCGAUUCGAAGAAGCGCUCGUGAACAUUCACCAGCCACUACUCGAUGCAGGACAGUACACCUAUAUCGUGAACUACUGCAAUGGACUAGUUUGCUUCCACAACUAUGAGGGAGAGAUUGUGAUUUGGAACCCAUUAAUCCGGCGGUACAAGAAGUUGCCCUUUGAGCCGGUGGGAUUCACCGACUAUGAUCUGUCUAGUUCGCCCAGUUUGGCCUUCGGACACGACCCAGUUAACGACGACUACAAGGUGAUGAGGGUUCACGAGUUCUAUAGAAAGAUUGAUGCCAAAAGUGCCAUUGAAGUCAAGGUCUAUAGUCUGAGAGCGCAUUCUUGGAAAAGCGUCGAAGAGGAAUGGCCUAAAGAGUAUAGUUCAGCCGAUCCUAGUUCGAUGUCCUUAAACGGUGCUUUCCAUUGGUUAGUUGAUCCUUUUAGUGGGUCCCUGCACCGGCAGACCCUUCUAGCUUUCGAUCUAGCCACCGAAAAGUUCAAAACGUAUACAAUUCCGGUUCAAUCAACCGAUGAUUGCUCACUCGGUUUGGAGGUCUUGAAAGGAUGUAUAUGUGUUUGCGUGAAUGUCAAUUUGACACUCAACGAUGUUUGGGUGAUGAAGGAGUACGAGGUAGUCAGCUCUUGGACUCGUCUUUACACCAUUGUGCAAGGCGCAGUCCCUUGGACUUUUGAUUACUGUAAACCUUUGGUGUACUCGAAAGACGGCAAGAAGGUUCUAAUGGAGCAAGAUUUGGAGCAUCUUUUUUGGUAUGACAUAGAGGAGAAAAGGGGUACAAGGGUUGAGUUUGGUGGUAUGCCUGAUUUGUUUGAGACGGCCAUUUGUGUGGGAAGCCUUGUUCUUCUCGACGACGGUGAUAGAGUGAAUAAUAAUCCAUCGGAUGGUCCUAAUCUGUUGAUAGAAGCCAUGGAGGAGGAAAUGAUAAAUGAGGAACAAGCUGUUUGA